AUGUUUACAAAAUCUCCUCCACCACCAUCACCAUCUCCACCGCCUCCUUAUGUCUAUAAGUCUCCCCCUCCACCGUCUCCCAUCUCACCCCCUCCAUAUGUUUACAAAUCUCCUCCACCACCAUCACCAUCUCCACCACCUCCUUACAUUUAUAAAUCUCCUCCACCACCAUCACCAUCUCCACCACCUCCUUAUGUCUAUAAGUCUCCCCCUCCACCGUCUCUUAUCUCUACCACCUCAUACAUUUACAAAUCUCCUCCACCACCAUCACCAUCUUCACCACCUCUCCUUAUGUCUAUAAGUCUCCCCCUCCACCGUCUCCAUCUCCACCCCCUCCAAUAUGUUUACAAAUCUCCUCCACCACCAUCACCUUCCCACCACCUCCUUACAUUUAUAAAUCUCCACCCCCACCUUCUCCAUCACACCUUCCUCCAUAUGUUUUAUAAAUCACCUCCACCACCAUCUCCAUCUCCACAACCUCCAUAA